AUGAAUCUUACUUUUGAUAGGUCUGUGGAGGUGUUUUACACGGGUCAGAGGCGUAUUUUGGACUGGUAUUCGCUCUGGCCGCAGCAGGUGCGCUGGAAACGCGUGCUGCACGGGAUGAAUUUCUGGCUUGUUUUUGGAUUCUUUAUGAUGAUCUUUAAUCUCAUAUUAGCGCUGUAUAUUGGCAUCAAUAUACGGCAGAUGAUCGAGGUAAUGAAGGGCUUUUUUGUGCUGGCCACAAGCGUUGCCUACUCUAUAAAGCUGUUUUCCUUUAAGUCUAAUAAUGUAGCCCUACUCCAGUUCUUUGCCAAUCUGCACGAUGCACUAUUCCGACCGGCGAGCCCGGAGGAGCAGCAAAUCUUUGUAACCGCCAGGGAAUUAAGUCGUACUAUCCGCAAUUCUUACGGAGCUGUUUCGUUCUGUACUCUAAGUAUAUUGCUCCUUACUCAAUAUGUCAUCGAUAAUACCGAGCUGCCUCUGGCUACCUAUGAUCCUUUCAAUGGAACUCCCGGCUCCUUUGGCUACUGCGUCAUGUACAUUUAUCAAUGUGUUGCCCUCUCGUUCGGCUGCUUUAUGAAUAUAUCCAUCGAUUCGCUGUGCUGUUCGACAUUUAUUUUUAUUCGAUGUCAAUUAGAUAUUUUGGCAUUGCGACUACAAAAUAUUGGAACCGAUUGUGAUCUGGAAGACAAGAAGAAAGGAGCCGCAGCCGAAGUGGAGCUGCAGCUGAGGAAGUGCAUACAAUACCAUAUGAAGAUUGUUCAAUUGGCAGCUGAUAUCGAGGCUUUGGUCUAUAAACCCAUAUCGGCGCAAAUUUUCUGCUCGGUGCUGGUCUUAACUGCCAACUUCUAUGCCAUGUCGCAGUUAUCCGAUGAAAAGUUAUUGUUCCUAAAGAUGUUAAUCUACCAAGUCUGUAUGCUCCUGCAAAUCUUUAUAUUAUGCUACUUUGCGGGUGAGAUAACACAGCGCAGUCUGGGUCUGCCCCACGAUCUGUACAGAUCCAAUUGGGUGGGCUGGCAGAGGUCCAAUCGCCGCCUGCUGCUGAUGCUGAUGCAACGUCUGGAUAUUCCCAUACGGAUAAGGACAAUAAAUGGCAGCCAUGCCUUUGACCUGGAGCUGUUCGGUUCGUAUCAAGUCUGGUAUUUCGAUAUGUUGGGGAUGUGGCGUCUGCAUUUGGCUGCCACCUGGCAGCAGAACGUGUGGCAUCAGCUGCGCUGUUGCCUCAUGCUGGGCAUUGUGUCCGUUAUGCUGCUCUUCUUUGCCAUACGCGUCCUGGACAACAUAGAUCAGCUGAGUGUCAUACUGCAGGUGUUCUUCAUGUUUGCCACCGAGCUCUCCUGCAUGACCAAGCUGCUCAGCAUUAAGCUGCAAAAUGAACAGCACGCCAGGCUCAUCGACGAGAUGCAUUCCUCGUACUUUCGGCCCAGAUCUGCCAAGCAGACGCUGAUCUAUAGACGCGGCGCUCAGCGUAGCGUCAAGUGGCGUAAUCUGUACGCAUGGAGUUCCGUGCUGGCCGCCAGCCUCAUAUUGGUCACCCAAUGGUUUGUGGAUAACAACGCGUUGCCGCUGUCCAUGUAUGAGCCGUGCAAUUUGGCCCGGCCCAGCUGCUACUAUGGACUGUAUUUGUAUCAGGUGAUGUCGCUGAUGCCCACCUGCUGGAUAAAUAUUGCUUUUGAUUCCAUAUCCGGCUCGUUCUUAUUCUUUCUGGAGACACAGCUGGCUAUGCUGGCAGCUCGAUUGGAGAGCUUGGGCGCGGUUCUAACCCCGCUGGAUGAUCAGCGCAUUGCGCUGGAAUUGCGUGAUUGUUGCAUCCAUUAUGCACGUAUUGUGCAGCUUAAGGACCUGGUGGAUGGUUUUAUAAAGGUGCCCGGUUCGGUGCAGAUGCUCUGCUCGGUACUGGUGCUUGUUUCCAAUUUCUAUGCCAUUUCCAUACGCACUAAAGAAACGGCUUUUAUGAUCAUGAUGGUCUCAUAUCAGUUGGUGAUGCUCUUGCAAAUCUUCAUCAUAUGCUAUGGAGCCGAGGAAAUGAGCCAUCAGAGUACAUUACUUGCCCAUGCACUGUACAGCUCCGAUUGGACCAGUUGGAGCAGGAGUAAUCGCAAAAUGGGCCUGUUAAUGAUGCUGCGCUUUAAUGCGCCGCUGCAGAUGCACACCCUAAAUCACUCACAGAGUUUUAAUUCCACAACUUUUGCAUCUGUAUAACUAGUGUGCUUAUUAAUUGGUAAUAUUAUUAAUAAUUAUUUUUAUUUUACAGAUUGUGAACUGCU